GUGUGUACGAGAGCAGCGUGCGUAUAAAACUCCAGCAGGAAACCAGCGCUAGUUUCCAAACCCAGAGAAGGAGAAGCAGCAAUAGAUCUGGAAGAAGGGACUGUAAUCAACUUUCCUUCUAAGGAGAAGCUGGGAAAUUUCUCACUUUGCUUCAUGAAAACGAAGCUGAAUCUUUUGCCCAGCGCCUAUUAAUUAGGUGAAAUGGGCCUCUCGCCCACGAUUUGAUUUGAGCUGUGUCUCUCUAGCCCGGCCAGUUCUUCUUUCCUCCGCAGCGGAUUGGCUCUGGCUAGAAGCCUACCUCCUGCAGUAAAGGAGUCUAGUUGCUGGGUCGCUAACCCGUUGAUCCUUUUCUCUUGUUGGUGAUGGCGCUUAUCAUCUUUACCCUCCGGCUGGCCAUCGGCAUCCUGCUAUUUCCCAUGUUCCUGCUGAACCUUCUGGGCUUGUGGAACCGGAUAUGCAAAAAAUGGUUCCCCUACUUCUUGCGGAGGUUCACCGUGAUGUACAACGAACAGAUGGGUGGCAAGAAGCGCGAGCUCUUCAGCAACCUGCCCGAGUUUGCGGGCCCCUCCGGGAAGCUCUCUCUGCUGGAAGUGGGCUGCGGCACCGGGGCCAACUUCAAGUUCUACCCGGCUGGAUGCAGGGUGACUUGUAUCGACCCCAACCCCAACUUUGAGAAGUUCUUGAUCAAGAGCGUCGCCGAGAACCGACACCUGCAGUUCGAGCGCUUCGUGGUGGCUGCGGGGGAGAACAUGCAGCAGGUGGCCGAUGGCUCCAUGGAUGUGGUGGUCUGCACCCUGGUCCUGUGCUCGGUGCAGAACCCGGAGCAGAUCCUCCAGGAGGUGUGCCGAGUGCUGAGGCCGGGAGGAGCUUUCUAUUUCCUGGAGCAUGUAGCCGCUGAGAGCUCAACUUGGAAUUACUUCUGGCAACAAGUCCUGGAUCCUGCAUGGUACCUGCUGUUUGAUGGGUGCAACCUGACCAGACAGAGCUGGAAGGCCCUGGAACGGGCGCGCUUCUCUAAACUUGAGCUGCAGCACCUCCAGGCGCCGCUGCCCGUGGAGCUGGUGCGCCCUCACAUCUGUGGAUAUGCUGUGAAAUAGCAUGAGUGGGGGGCGGAGAGCUGCGUGGCUCAGAUGGCUUAAGGCUACAGUUUUAUUUACACUCACAAUACUAAUUGGGAGAAAGGAGACCUUUUUUUUCUUUUUAAGUAAAGUUGAAUUUCAUCCCUAGAAGUUUAUGUGAUAACCCGUUUAGCCAUUUUCUGUUGGCUCCCAGAGGAUCAAAACCAAAGCAAACACAAAACAGGAUUCUCCCUUAAAAGGAAACACUGGGCUUUCAUAAUUGAAGUUUACCAUUAUCCCCAAACUUAAGUCUGUAACUUCAAAAUCCUCCCAGCUGUCUUUUUUGUCUUUUAAUAUCAUAGAUUUUUAUAAUUUUUUCAUGUUUUAUUUCUGAGAGACAAAGAGAGCGAGCACAAGUAGGGGAGGGCAGAGAGGAGGAGACAGGAUCUGAGGCAGGCUCUGUGCUGAGAGCAGAGAAGCCAAUGUGGGGCUUGAACUCAUGAACCAUGAGAUCAUGACCUGAGUGCAAGUCAGACACUUAACCGGCUGAGCCACCCAGGCGCCCCACAACUGUCUUACUUACAUGGUUACCUGACAGAUUUUAAUUGUACCCGCUUUUUGAGAGCUUGGCGCUAUAAGUCGUCAAAUCACUCAAAAGAAGACUUCGAAAGGGGAGACGUGACAAGAUCUUUUUUUUUCUUUUUUUUUUUAAAUUUUUUUUUCAACGUUUAUUUAUUUUUGGG